AAGAAGGCGGCGGGUGCGGCUGCGCUAGGCAAGUUCAAGAAGCUCGCCUGGGACCCCAUUGAGGACCCGUCGGGGACUGCGUUUACGCAGCAGUUCUCCGAGUAUUUGAAGACACUCGAGCUCGGGAAUCUUGAGGAGACCUUCGGACGAGCGAAACCGAAGGAAGAAAAGGAAGAAAAGAAGGUGGAGAAGAAACCCAAGGUCAUCAAGGUGCUGCCUGACCCGCGCAGGGCCCACAAUAUGAACAUUGCCCUGGCCCGCUUCAACAAGCGCACGUUCGCAGAGCUGCGCGAUGUCAUCAUUGACCUGGACAAAAGCAAGCUGACUGUGGAGGAGUCCCAAAUCCUCAUUCAGUACGCGCCACUGCCGGAGGAAAUCGCUGCCGUCCAGGAGUACAUCAAGUCCGGCGGGGACGUCACCAUGCUCGAUCGGCCGGACCAGUUCGUGGCUGCCAUGAUGGGCGUGCCCCUGUUCAAGCAGCGAAUGGUCUGCUUCGAGUUUUUGGCGACCUUCAAUGACGAGCUGGAGACCAUCGCGGCGCCGCUUGAGAGGUUCCGGAUCGCAGUCGGCGAUCUGUCCAAGUCAAAUCGGUUGAAGAAGCUGCUGCACGCCAUUCUCAAGAUCGGAAACAUCCUUAACCAGUCCGAGGUCCCCGGCUUCCGCUCGAACGUCUUGACCAAGCUGGAAGAUCUGAAGACGACCACGAAGCCAGUGCAGACAUUCACUGAGUACCUUGUCAACCUUUUCUGGGAUCAGGAUCCGGACGCCCUUUUGGUCCGGGAGGACUUCAAGUCGCUGGAAGACAUGGGACGACUCGACGUGGGCGGCCUGGAGCAGAAUCUGACUCGCCUGGACAGCGCAUUCAAGGCGCUGAAGGCCUCCCAGCAAUUGGCCGCCAAAAACAACAGCAAUAGCUCCGACGUGGACCCAAUGGAGCGCAUCAUUGGCGGCUUCAUUGCUGAAAACGAGAACCGGCUGCCUGACCUGCAGAAGAAGAUGAACGAAGCCAAACAGCAGUUCAACGAAGCCGCCAAAAUAUUCGGCGAGACAGACGCCACGCUGUCCAAGGUGAAGCCCGAGGUGUUCUUGAAGGACAUCCUGACCUUCGUGCGCUCCGUAGAUGCGAAACGCCGUUCCAAGGCGGAUAAGCUCGAACGCGAGCGGAAACGCUCAGGAGGGAAGAAAAAGGAGAACACCAAACAACCUAACAAAAAAGAGGAGGGGAAAGCCAAGAAGGAGGAAGCCAAGAAGGUGGAGGCCAAGAAGGAGGAAGGGGCCAAGAAGGAGGAAGGGGCCAAAAAGGCGGAAGGCAAGAAGGAGGAGGCCAAAAAGGCGGAGGGCAAGAAGGAGGAGGCCAAAAAGGCGGAGGGCAAGAAGGAGGAGGCCAAGAAGGAGGAGGCUAAGAAGGCAGAUGCUAAAGGACCGCCGAAAGGACCGCCGAAAAAAGCGGACGAAACAGCCAAGAAGGCGGAGGUGAAGAAGGCCGAGGCGGGGGUGAAGAAGCCACCAUCAAAACCCGCUCCUAAGGGCAAAACACCACCAAAAGGUUAA